AGAAGGCCACGAUUCAAGACAGAACGACCCUGGGGACAGCUUGCUUAAGUGGCCGCCGCUACUUUUCUAAAUUUAAAAUUGAACAUUGAACAAAACAUCAUCCAAGUUCAACACAUUUGACCUUAGGUACUCAACUCACUCACCAGUACAUCUCAGUCCUACUGUAACUCUCAGUGCUGUCUUAUUCUUGUCUUGCACUGUACUGUACUUGGCUUUUCCCCUUUUCCUUUUCCCUUUCCUUUUCUUUUCUUCAUUCUAUUUUCCAUAAUAACAACCCAACAUAUACUGAUACGAUACAAACCCUUCGUCGGAUUAUCUUGGGAUAUUCUACAACCACCUGGUCCAAAGACCCUGUCAUAGGGCAACUCUUGCACCAUGAGUUCAGAGUAUUCUUAUGACGAGCAGGGUCAAUUCUAUCCCUUCUUCGUCUUUACUCUGACCUCUAUCGUCACCCUUCCUCUUACUUAUAACCUCCUCGCGCCCACCAAGGAUGCUGCUGCUCUCGCACCACGAACGAAGACCUCGUACCAGCCUGAGCAUGCUGACCUAAUACAAGCAUUGCGCGCUGCCCAGAAGCGGAAGCAGCGUAAGAUCAAGCGCGCAAUUGCCGUCGUGCUAGGCUGGGCUAUGAUGGCCGGCAUGAUGUAUCUGAUCAUCACUACCCAACGAACGACGGCCAAGUUAUGGAAUCCUUAUGACAUCUUAGGAAUCUCCGAGUCAGCUACAGAGAAACAGAUCAAGUCCCACUACAGGAAGCUCGGUCUCAAGUUCCACCCCGACAAGGCCAAACCUGAUCCAGCCAAAAAUGAGACAAUCGAGAUACUGAAUAAUAAAUGGGUUGAUCUUACCAAGGCUUACCAAGCCCUUACCGAUGAAGACAUCCGUAACAAUUAUAUCCAAUAUGGACACCCCGAUGGCAGGCAAAGUAUGAGCAUUGGAAUUGCUCUUCCUCAGUUCAUUAUAUCCGAAGGAAACGGGAAAUACGUCGUGCUCGUCUAUGCGUUGCUUCUAGGAGUUCUGUUGCCUUACUACGUCGGAUCAUGGUGGUACGGCACUCAACGCAUGACCAAAGAAGGAGUUCUUGUCGAGAGCGCCAACAACCUGUUCCGCGAAUACACCGAUAAUAUGGACGAGGGAGAUCUCGUAACUGCUUUAAGCGCUGGCAAGGAAUUUGAAGAAGUCCUGAGAGGAGACAAGGCCGAGUCUGGUCUCUCGAAGAUCGAAUCGAGGAUAUUAGCAGAAGGCAAGAUUACCCCCUUUGCCGGUGGACUAUCGGUUAAGGAUAAGGAGAAGCUCGAAGAUAUAGAGGGCGGCGUAAGAAGAAAGGUCCUUUCUCUGCUCUGGGCGUACCUCGGCCGUGUGGAACUCGACGACCAGGCUUUGGACAGUGCUAAAUAUAUGGUUGCGCCCAUCGCACAGAGCCUUUGCAGCUCUUUCCGGGCUAUCGCGUUGGCAUACGGAAACACUGGCCCCAUUCUAUCUUCGUUCCAUACUAGUCAACGACUCAUCCAAGCUGUACCACCCCAGGCCUCUCCCCUCUUCCAGCUUCCUCACUUCACGCCCGCCGUAGUAAAGGCUAUCGAGGGCGACUCGAAGACACAUCUCACUGUCCAAGAGUUCAUGGACCUGCCCGAUUCACAACGUAGAAGUGUGGCUGUUGGAGAAGGGCUCUUGAGCGAAGAGCAAUACACGACAGCCGUCGAUGUCGCACAACAGCUCCCGUACUUCAGAGUCGCAAAGGCCUUCUUCAAGGUUGCUGGUGAACGCUUCAUUAUCCCAUCAUCUUUGGUUACCCUCGUUGUAAAAGGCCGAUUCAUUCCUCCUGGAAGAACCGAUGUCCCAGAAAUUGACGAACUUGAUUUGGAGGAUAUUGACCCGGCCGAAGACGAUCUCGAUGCUCUGAUGGGCCGCAAAAAGGCAGUAAAGGAUGCAAAUGGGAAAAUAACCUCACGAGAAGAGGGCAAGCCGGUAUCGCCCCCGACUACGUAUGCGCCCUACUACGCCCGCGACCAGACGCCGCGAUGGCACGUGUUUCUCUCGGAUAGCAAGCAGGGUAAAAUGGCAGUACCGCCAUUUACUUUCACUACGUUUGAUAAGCCCAUAUUUACUGAUAACGGAAAGCCGACAUAUCACAUGCAGACCCUGAAAGCGCAAUUUGCUGCUCCACCUCAAGCAGGAAUUUACACAUUUGUUAUGCAUGCUGUGUGUGAUAGCUUCAUUGGGUUUGACUCCAGGAUGCAAGUCACUCUUAAUGUGGAGGAUGCUAGCAAAGCUGCAGCGAUGACGGCGGAAGACGAGAUUAGUGAGCCGGAUGAAGAUUCCUUGGCUGGCCAGAUGAGCGCACUCAAGGGUAGUGGCAGUGUUCCGGGCACAACCAAACCCAGGAGGCGGAAAGACGAAGACUCGGAGGAUGAUGACGAAAGUGGCACUGAAGAGGAUGAAAGCGACACUAGCGCGACGAAUACCGACACGGAACCCGAGUCGUAGUAGAAUCAACGGAAAUGUAAUAGAAUACCCCCCCACCAAAAAAGAAAGCUCUGAUUGUACUAUGAAACAUUUUAAUUUGAACUACAUACUACGUACAUUGUGGAUGCUCGUCGUUGGCCGACUCUGCGCUCAAACUACCUUUUCUCCCUGCCGUAAGACUCCCAUGGUAGAUAUACAGGUAGUGCUCAGAAGAAUACCUACCUACCUACGUUAUAAUGCAUGUAAAGAUACCUACUUAGCCACCCCCCCUGACGUUGUAUGAUACAUACAUAGUAGGUACACAUGCAUGCCUCUAGAUACUCCGUAUGUUACACCAGUAGACGGUAAAUAAAU